AUGUUUAUGAACGGUCUCCGUUUGAAGUCAUUCCCCAAACUUGAUCUAUCUUCUGGUAGCCCAAAUAGGCCGCUAUACUCAUCUUGGCAUCGUGAAUCCUAUGCUACUGCUUUACUGGACAGAUCAAGUAGCUUCCGCGAGAACGUGGAGAAUCAAAUCUUAUCAACUCUUCCAAACAUGACAAGAAGCAAUUCUUCUGUAACACAUGGAGAUGUGAUGAAUUUUUUCCAAUUCGAAUUUUGGACGACAAUCCCACUGGAAGAUUCGCUACCUGGAUCUUCAAAUAGCAAACCACUGCUUUCUCCCUCAUCAGAUGAUCUCAGACAACUCAAGGCUGGUGUACGGGAAGGCGGUACUAAAGCUAGGGAACGUGUAAAGAUAUUCAAUGAUUGUUUAUCUGUAAUCAACAAAUGUUUCCCAACCAUUCCAUCAAGGAAGAGAUCCCGACUGGAUACCUUAUCAAACGACGGAUCCAAUGCCUUGUUAUCAACUGAUCGGUCAAGUUCAGGGAUGGGCAUCAGCAAAAUGGGAUCACAGAGUCAUGCCAGUACGAGUAGUUUUGAACUGGAGCAACAAAGAUCAGAAGAAAGGACAAAAAAUUCGAUUCCAAACAAACGCACACGAACUUCUAUGGUAGACCCAAGGGCAAAUACCCCUGCAAGAUCAACUGGAGUUAUGGACAAGGAUAGGGAAGUAUUAAGAUAUCCUAACAGCGGCGUGAUUAAUGGUGAGGAUCGAACAUCAUCCCUUACCGUUGAUGGUUGGGAGAAAUCAAAGAUGAAGAAGAGGCGUAGUGGAAUAAAGACAGAUGGUACUGCAAGUUCAAUGGUGAUGAAAUCUGCUGAUGGCUACAGGGAGUCUAAGCAAGUAAUACAGCCACAACUUCUUACUGAUGCCCAGUUCAAGGAUGAACCUGGGAUUGCAAAUGGGAGUGUAGGAGUUGGAAAAGCUGAAUCCUCCUUGCAGCAGACUGGCUUUGGCACACUUCCUAUCUGUAAGGCUGAGCAGGACAACAGCCCCCUUCAUGAGAGGAGAGAGCGUCCUAUCUGA